ACUGCCUUUGCUCCAGCCACUGCCGCCGCACCACCUCUCCUUCUUUGCCUCUGACCCUCCUUCUCGCUGCUCCACCUGGCCAUGACCAAAGCCCCUGCUGGGACCCUGGCCCAGCUCUGAGUCCUGGGACCCUCAGUCCUCUCUCCUGGGCCAUGGCCAACUCAGGCCUCCAGCUCCUGGGCUACUUCUUGGCCCUGGGUGGCUGGGUGGGCAUCAUUGCUAGCACUGCCCUGCCGCAGUGGAAGCAGUCUUCCUAUGCCGGCGACGCCAUCAUCACUGCCGUGGGCCUCUAUGAAGGGCUCUGGAUGUCCUGCGCCUCCCAGAGCACCGGGCAAGUGCAGUGCAAGCUCUACGACUCGCUGCUCGCCCUGGACGGUCACAUCCAAUCAGCGCGGGCCCUGAUGGUGGUGGCCGUGCUCCUGGGCUUUGUGGCCAUGGUCCUCAGCGUAGUUGGCAUGAAGUGUACACGGGUGGGAGACAGCAACCCCAUUGCCAAGGGCCGUGUCGCCAUCGCCGGGGGAGCUCUCUUCAUCCUGGCAGGCCUCUGCACUUUGACUGCCGUCUCGUGGUAUGCCACCCUGGUGACCCAGGAGUUCUUCAACCCAAGCACACCUGUCAAUGCCAGGUAUGAAUUUGGCCCAGCCCUGUUCGUGGGCUGGGCCUCAGCUGGCCUGGCCGUGCUGGGCGGCUCCUUCCUCUGCUGCACGUGCCCGGAGCCAGAGAGACCCAACAGCAGCCCGCAGCCCUAUCGGCCUGGACCCUCUGCUGCUGCCCGAGAACCAGUUGUUAAAUUGCCCGCCUCCGCCAAGGGCCCCCUGGGUGUGUAAUGUCCAGUCCCCAGCCAGGCUCUGUCCCCUGCCAUACCUAGACUGUGUGUUUCAUAUUUUUUUGGAAAGAGAAGUGAACAUCUAUCCCCAAUCAUGGUGUCAUUCGGUCUGUCCUCAGCGUGGCUUGGACGGGGCCUGUGUCAGAGUGGUCAGUGCUGACCCCUGGGGCUCUUGGGCAGAAGGAUGAGGAGACAGAGGUCCAGGGUGGGUUACACAGCACAUCCAGGGCUGAGCAAGAAAUAAUUCUGAGAUCCUACCCUCUGUCUAGGGACCCCCCUUCCAAGCCUGGCCUUGGCCUUGGCACAAGGUCCUCCUUGAUAGGAGAUCCCACUCAUUCCUGGAGGCUGUCCCUGAGGCUUGGCCCAGCUCUAGGAGCAGUCCCCAGGGUCAGGGAGCCCCUGGUGUGGAAAGAGGCCUCAAGGUAGUAAACCCUGCCCCUGUUACUGUGCUCCAGAGACCUCCUAAGGGAAGGGACAGUUCCUGGAAGGCCCUCCAGCUGGAUGCUGGGGAUCAGCGAUAGGUGAGGGGACACAGUGUAGGAGCUCCCCAUGUAGAAAAGGGAAUGCGGGGAGGGCGUUAGGAGCUUGCAGGCAUUAGGACUGUCCUGAGCAAGGUCUGCAGCCCCCAGCUCUGCUCACCCCGAAUCCUGCCCCUUGUUUCCACACCUACCAUUCCUCCUCUCCUGAUCCCCAGCAUCCAGCUGAGGUCCAAGGUCUUUGCCCUAGAAUCAGAGUGGGGAGGGGACAGCCUGAGGCUGCCCAGAGACUGUGGCUGGAGCUGCCUGCUGCACCCAGCAGUGCGGUCAGAGAAGGGCUUUUGGUCUUGAAGUCCAGGUACCAUCCCCCCUUAGUAAAGAGGGGGAAGGGCCUGAGAGGAAUGUAGGGAAACCAGCCCAGAUCAGUCCCAAGGCCAGAGUCCUUUGUCCUACAUCUCCCCGAACCAGAAUGUGCUGGCCCCACCCCUUCAUGCUCAGACCUCUCCCACCCCAAACCCUCUCCCAGGACUUCGAGUCUCCCUGGCCACUGCAUAUCAGGCUUCUGGGGAAAGCAUCCAUCACAGAACCUCCCCUUCCCUGCCAUGCACCUUCCUUGGCCGGCUCCAUUCUGGCCUCCUCCACCACCUGCCUUGUGACCACAUCUCCCACCACGUCCCCAGAUCUCAAGAACGCAGCUCAGCUUCUCCUUCAAGCUUGACUCUGAGAGGGAAAGUGACGGAAACCAAGUCAGAUGAGAUGACUGCCAUGUACACUGCAGUCAAGGGCAGGGGCGGGAGGAAUGACACAAAUGGCAGGGAGCUGCUGGGGGACUGACCCUCGGCGCCUGGCCUGGCCGGUGCUGCACAUCCACCGGGGCACCACAGGGACUUGUCCAGCCUCUGGUCAGAGGGUGUGGCCAUCUGACCUUAAAUAGGUUCCCCAGAGUCCUGCCCCUCUAAUCAUGAAUGAGAACUGCAAGAGUUUCUCCUCUGGGUGCCUGAAGCUAUAGUGCAAUGGUUCCCAACCCUGUGUGCACAUUUGAAUCACCUGGGGGCACGAUGCCUAGGCUCCAACCCCAGACACUCUUACUUCAUUGGUCCGGGUGGACCUGGCAUCAGAGGUCAUGGAGCUCCUCAGGGGACUGUAGUGUGUGGUGAGCACUGAGGGCUCCUCUAUGAGGCCUCAAGCCCAGGUGACUCUGUGAGGUCUGCAGAGGGAGAAAAGAACCCACAAGAAAAGAGGUGGAGGUCAGGCAUGGUGGCUCACGCUUGUAAUCCCAGCACUUUGGGAGGCCGAGGUGGGUAGAUACCUGAGGUCAGGAGUUCGAGACCAGCCUGGCCAACAUGGUGAACCCCCGUCUCUAUUAAAAAUACAAAAAUUAGCUGGCUGUGGUGGUGGGCACCUGUAAUCCCAGCUACUCGGGAGGCUGAGAUAGGAGAAUCUCUUGAACUCGGGAGGUAGAGGUUGCAGUGAGCCAAGAUCGUGCCACUGCACACCAUCCUGGAUGACAGGGCAAGACUCCAUC